CACUCAACACAAAUGAGCCAGCCGGAGGAGCAGACGCCGCCCUCCCAGGCACCCGGCGACGACGCUGCUGCGGCUCCAGACGCCGCAGCUAAGGCCGAGGCCGAGGCCAUUGCCCCCCUCUCGCUCGACGUGUUGUCGACGAUCAAGGAGGCGCAGGCUGCCAAUGGGCUCAAGCACAACAACUACCAGCGGUACCGCCAGUUUUGCACCCGGAAGAUCCGGCGGAUGAGGUCCAAGCUGGGCCUUGUCUCGAAGCGAAUUGGCAAGCAGUACCGGCGUAUGACGCCGUCGGUCACGCUCUUCACCCGCUCGGGUGACAAGCGUGCCGGUGAUGCUCGCUACGUGCUCAUUGCUCUGUUUGAGACCGAGCGUGCGUGGGCGUACGGCAUGCAGCUCAAGUACGACAUGGAGACGUUUGUCGACAACUCGCGUCUGCGCCUGCACAUGCUCCGGCGGAUGGCCAAGGCUGACCGGCUCGCCCAGGACUUUUUUGCCCUGGCCGCUGCCGUGGGCGACACGCGUCUGCAGCUCGAGGCCGACGCGUAUGCGUCGUGGAUCAAGGGCUCGCACCAGUUUCUCCGCGAGAACUGGGAGGAUGCGCUCGCCGCCUACGUCCACGCUCGCACCAUCUUUUCGGGCCUGGCUGGCUCGUCGCUGCAGAUGGAGCAGUGCGCCCGGGUGGUUGAGGACAUCAACACCAACUCGGAGUACUGCGAGUACCAGAUCCGUCGCGCGUCCGGUGGCUCAUCGGCCACGGUCGAGGAACUCAUGGAACUUCACGCCAAGCCCAACAGUCUUCUCAACUCGAAACUGAACGAUUUGCUGGAGGAGACUCGCCGCGAGCAGGCCGAGUCGCUGAGCGAGGUUGGCUGGCGCGGCAAACGUGUGCCGAUCCGCGACGACGGCGUGCGUGUGGCGCUUGCAGCGGUUCGGCAGGCGGAGCAGCAGCUCGCGGUGGCGCAGACCUGGUCGCUCAAUGAUGUGACAGGCACUCACAAGCACGAGGCAGUCAUGGAGGCGUUCCAUGGCAUGCUGGUCCAGUACAACGCGGCGGUGCAGGCGACGCAGGACGUCGUGACUAAGCUCUCGGGGCGUGAGGCGUCGCAGAAGACCCAGCAGCAUCUCGACGACGCACAGUUCCUGGAGGCGUACCUUCAGUUUGAGCUUGGCUCGCUUGCCAUCAAGCGCAACGAGUACAUUGUGAGCGAAAUGGAGUCGCGUCUGCCGGAGAACGUGGCGGUGACUGAGCGUGAGGCGACCAAGCUGGAGAGCCCUGUGCGGCUGGGGCGGAUGUACCAGAACCUGGGUAACUCUGUCGAGUCGCUGCGCGGGGUGCCGACGCGGUGGUUCGACGCCGCCACGGCAGGCUCGAUUGUUAACGAGCUCGCGGCGCGCGAGGCGGUGUACGAGGCGUACCGCGCGUACUGGGCCGGGCGGGCGCUGGUGGAGGCCAAGGAGUUUGGCAAGGCCAGCGUGGUGCUCGAGGCCGCGGCAGGCAAGCAGGAGGCUGCGGUGGCAGCCACGACGCAGGCGCCCGAGCUUGACGCCGGAGUGGUGACUGCGGCGGAGGAGCUGAUGCAGCGGAUCCGGUCGAUGCGGGCGUACAUGGUGGCGUGCGCGGCGCUGGCAGAGGAGGAGCCGGCGGCGGAGGAGGCCGCAGCCGGGCGUGGGAUCCUCGAGACGCCCAAGAUCUUCCCGCAGACGGUGAGUGAGGCAGUGGUUGCCGAGUUCCCGCCGGCGUUUACCCCCAUCCCAUGCCAGCCGCUCUUCUUUGACCUCGCGUCAACGUACCUCUCGUUCCCGGACUUGUCGUCCAAGACCGGUCAGAGUACGGCGGCGACGUCUGCGCCAGCGGCGGCUGCAGCGAGCUCCUCGGGUGGGCAGGCCGAGGAAGCGCCCAAAAAGACGGGCUGGUUUGGACUGUGGUAGUAAAUUUACUCCUACACGCCCA